AUGUCAGAUUACGAAGAAUUGUACGAAGACGUCAUGUUCGAGAAGCCACGUGGCGAGAGACGGUGGCUCGGAAGGGAACAUCACCGAGGAAAGGAGCAACUUCACAAUGCAGUCAAGGACCGCACGUUCAUAGAGAAGACUGUGAGCUCGGCGGAGCCACUCAGCAAGGUGAGCACUAGAGUUUUUCAACAAAACUGGGUAUUUUUCAGAAAGCGACCCAAAAAGUUGGAGAUUCCACGAAAGAUGAGCUGGAAUUGAAUGUAGUGUAUUCAUUGGACAAGAAAAACCGAUGGAAAGAUGCGAACACAAUCACACUGUUGGGAGCAGCACCAGAAGACGUGAGAGCGGAAGUGGUGGAGAAGAACGCACUAGAACAGUACGGAUUCCUGUACCCGAACAAGUCCACAUUCGCAGUUCACACCAAGAAAGUGAAUUUGGACGAUGCGCCAGGAGAGUUCGAAGUCAGAAGUGUCACGUCAUCUGGAAAAGGACAAGACUACUCGAACUUCCUGCCCGCAACUCGGGAGUUCAGUAAGAAGGCGAAUGCACGAAUGAUGACGAUUCGGGAGAAGAAGAAGUGAAGAAGGAAGAACAGCCGACAGUUUCCUACAAUAUUUACAAAACGCACCCGAGUCAAGACGCCGUCGGAGGUCAGAUGUUCAAAGCGAAAGUCGUCUCGAAGUCGGGGAAACAUCGUGGAAACAAGAAGGUUGACAUUGAUGUAUACGAGGCAGAGGACGAAGAAUUCGACGAAGAAGAUGAUGAGUAUGAGUGCGAGAAUUCUUUCGGAAGACGAGGUGGAUCGCCUGUUGAGUUGAGCGACUUCUUUGUGGAGAAUCGGGAGAAGCAAGCUCAUAGAAGCAAACGAAAGGAGAGCGAGAUGUCGUUUGAAAUCAUUGAUGCCGAAACUCUCAGACCGGAACCUGAAUACACGGAUCUUCUGGAUAUUCAUACCUUUCUGAAAAGAGAAGGAUAUACAUUUGAGGAAGCCGACAUCACUUUCCACAAUCAGAAGGACAGCCUCGAGCAUCAGAUGAGACUGCUGAAAGAAGAGAAAGGGCUGGAAGUGAAGGAUCUGAGAGAGCGUCAGUUCCUGGUUGACAUUUCCAAAUGGUGUCGUUUGAAUGCGGAGAAGGACGGAGAGACGACGGCUGUGAUCAUCUUCACUCAUUUGGAGAAGAACCAGUACAAGUGAGUUGGAAAUCAUCACCAACAUCUAUUAUGCCUCAAAUCAUCGCUUUUCAGCGUCAUUCUGAACUCGACAAUCCCGUGCCAUCCGUCUAAAAGAGGCGCCGAUUAUCUGAGGAAUCAGAUAUCGAGUGCCAUGACCAUGUGUGAAGCAAUCUCUCGAAUUACCACUGAAAUGAUGACGAGAAGAAAAGUCGUUGAGUGAGUUUUGUCACGGAAAACCAUCUCACUAUCAGGAAUGAACAUUUUCAGAGCGAUGAAAUUCUCUUCUUUGUUCUACGACCGGAAGUCUCUCACCGAACAGAUCAAUGACAGUUACGAAUGGGAAAAUCAAAUGUUGGAAAUGCAGUGGCCGAACCGUCACCAUCAUGCCACGUGGGCAAACUCUCAAGAACUGAGCACAGUCGGCGGGAGACUGGAGUGGGAUGAUCUGUGUGCGAUGGUGAGGAAGGAGAGCCGAGCGAAGACGUGCUACACUUCUGGAGAGCCGUGCGGAGUGUGCAGUCGGGUGAAGAGGGACCACGAGCUGUUUCUGGUGGAGAACGAGUCGAGAGUGAAGUGCAAGGACUGUCUGCGCGAGGAAUUCUACCGAGAACUGAGGGCGAGGAGAGUUCCGAUCGACCUGCAGACGGACACUGCCGAUGAACUCGAGUACCUGCCCACUUUCAUUCCGCUCACAGUUCUCAAUCUUUACAUCAGAGUGAGUCCCUUUCAGUUUUUCCAAUGUUUUCCUUGCUUACUCAUUUCAUCUUCAGAUGGUGUCGGAGCAGAUCUACAAAGAUCUCGGAGCCGUUGGCGACUUCGAGAAGUGUCCGUCGUGCAAAUCUGCCGUCUACUUUGAAGACGUGCCCGGAGAGAAGGAGAAGAAGACUCAGAACAGGUCGUGUCCUUGUGGAUAUUCCUGGUGUCGCCACUGUGAAAGAGUUCCUCACUGGCCGAUGGAAUGCGGGGACUUUUCCGAGUGGGAGGAGAAAUGGUUCCUCAGAUGUGAGUGAACAACACGACCACUUCACCGGCUCAUGCUCCGUUUUCAGAUUCAAUCAUGCACGCGCAGGGAACUGGCACCGAGACUCUCCUCCAAAUGACUUGCUCGUGUGCUAAAUCCGUCUACAACGUCCUUCUUCCCCUCGACUUUGCGCAAUGUCCGAAGUGCAAAACACACGUGAACAUGAACACGAUGAACACAGUCUGGAGACAUUACUUCUUUCCCUACUACCCUCGAUUCCGGAAGUUGGUCGAGCAGGGACACUACAAUGUUGGACAUGACUACGACCAGACUACAUACGUGCCACGUGCAAAAGUCUACACGAGUCUAGCUAAGAUCCCCGGAAUCAGAGCAUCAGUGAUGGAAACGUGUGGAGCUGCGAGGGAUGUUCGAUACGAUUUGAACUCCCGGAACCGAGCAGUGAACAGAGAACACAAUCUGAUUCGGAAGAACAUUCUGGAGAAGGAAACCGUGGAGAAUCUGUUCGGAACUAUUACGUAUCUGGUAGAGAAUGUGACCGCCUGGAUGUACGUGACCAAUCAAUACGAUCGGAACGUGAAGAUGACACUGGAAAGCAUGAUGGAGAACAGAAAGGAGCUGAUGGAUCUUCUGGAAGGAGACGAACAGAAUGGCCUAAAGGAGUGCAUCGGAAGGAUCAGGAGGGAGAUCGACACUGUCGUCGCCGCCGUUGAGAAAAAGUUGGAGUCAUUAGAUCUGUCAAACAACGUUCGGAAGUAA